AGGCCUACGCAUAGUAAAACUCAUUGUGGGAACUUUUGAAACAAACACGUCGAAACUUAUAUUUACAUCAUUCAUAUUCUGGCCAAAGUAAAUCAAGAGAUUUGAGGUUUUACGGUGACAAGUUGAAGUUUCAAUAGAUGAUUAUGCAAGGAUAUAGGCCCUACGCAUAUCAACAACAGGAAAAGGAUCUGCGAGCCAAGUGUUAGGUUAUUCUGGGUCUGGUGUGAGUGCUAAACAUGGCGACGAAGUAUACGUGGAAGGUUUGUCUUGUUGGGGAUACUGGAGUAGGGAAGACAUGCGUUGCAGUCAGGUUCCAUCAAGAUAGAUUUACCGGAACUAUUCCAACAAUUGGGUAUGCUUUCAUGGAAAAGACGCUUCAGGUUGAUGAAAUUGAACACCAGUUCAACGUGUGGGACACGGCUGGACAGGAGCGGUAUCGGUCUCUUGCACGGGGAUUUUUCAGACGAGCAAGCGCCAUGGUCUUAGUAUACGACAUCACUAACUCGCAUUCUUUCCAAGUUCUGGACAAGUAUUGGGUCCGGUCGGCACAACGAGGCGCGCCGGAGAAUGCUGCCCUAGCUGUGAUUGGGAACAAGAGCGAUAUAGACGACGAUAAGCGACAAGUCACAGAAGAGGAGGGCAGUACGUUUGCACAAAAACACAACGCAAUCUUCAUGGAGGUUAGCGCCAAGACCGGCAAAAAUGUCAAUGAAUUCUUCGAGGAACUAGCAAGAGCACUUACAAAAACCCCAGAACUAGAAUUUCAAGCCGUUGGGAUGCGGAUCCUGAACACCUCUGGGCAGGACAGUGAGGCAUCUACUGAUGAGAAGACAUCCAAGAACAGGUGCUGCAGCUCGUCUUCAUGAUGACUUUGCACAAGACUAGGCUCCAGUUCAUCACAAGUCCUUCACAAGUCACUUCAGGGGUCAAGUCAUAAGUCCUUUCACAAGACCAGUCAUAAGUACAAACCAUGAUGGAAUAAUGCUACUUGUCACAGUUAAUAUGAAUACCUUUUGACUUGGCUUAUCUGAAUGACCUGUGAUGGACUGAACUAUAACAUUGCUAUGCUCAAAAACAACAGUGCACAUUCCUGUAAGCUUUCAAAAUCCUCAUUUGGUCACUCAGCUGUUGGAAAGCUGCAAGAACAAAUGAACAAGCUCAUACAAACAUUACUCUUGACUUCCGCAGAGAAGUCCAAUAGCAGAUAUAGCAACUAACAGGCUCCUGUGACUGCCGGGACUUUCCUGUUAGAGGAAAUGGAAGGAAGUUUUUGUCAACAUCACCUCAUCAUUUAUGGCUGCCUUCCACUGCCAAGGACGCAGGAAGCUGGAAGAGUUUGCAGGACAUAGUGAACUAACAUGCUUUAACUGUUCAGUGGUAAACUAACAUGUACUACAUGUAUUACCAUUCAAUUGUGAGCAAACAUGCACUAUUACUGCUUAGGGGUGAGCCAAUAUGCACUAUUACCAUUCAGUGGUGAGCCAACAUGUACUACUACUGUUCAAUGGGCUCCUAACAGGGAAGACUCAUGCCCGUAAUUCUGGUAUAUCCUAACAUGGUCUUUAAAAUCAGUUUCUGUCGAUAAUGAACCUAAAAAUGAACUGUUCAGAUGUGCUCGAAUAUAUACUUUAAAAAAGAGGAUAAAAUGCAGAAUCAAAAUAAUUUAGCAUUUAUAUAGUCAGGAGAAUAUGUACAUGUAUAUGAAAAUACUUUUGAAUCUGUAAUACCACAGAAUAGAUCUGUAACAUACUUGGGAUAAUAGUUUAAUGUUAAUUGUACCAAUAGCUAAGACUGGUGCUAAAGUUACUGUAGCGCUACUUUAAUUUAUUGCCUUCUCAUUUUGAUUAUAACAUUUGGUAAAGCAAUUGGUAUUUGUAUACUGUGAAUAUUGUGAUAAAAUUCUAAGGCAAAAGGCACCAAUGUACCACAAGGUUUUUAGAAUAUAAAUAGUUAGAAGUAUCUAGAAGUCUUUUCAAAUUACAGAGACUUUACAUUAAAAAGUCUGAUUUGAGAAUAAACAUUGAAUAAGAAA